CAGCCCCGCCUUCCCGGUCUCCUUCUUAAGCUACUCCCGCCCUCGGCCGUGCUCCCGCCACCUCUGGCAGUUGUUGGUUGGGUCCCUUCCGCCCCCUCCAUCUCUCCUCCUCGUCUCGGUCCCCCCCGCCCCCCUGCAGCCCCGGUUUCGUGUUCUGCGUGCGCUCCGCUCAGGUCUCAUGGCCUCGCUGUAUCGCCCCUGUCUGCGGCUGGGCUGGCACGGUCUGUGCCCCUGGGGUUAUUCCCCAAGUCGUGCUAACCAUACAUUACGGGUAAUCAGUGGUGAUUUGGGUCAGCUUCCAGCCAAGGUAAGGGACUUUGUGGAACGCAGUGCCCGCCUGUGCCAACCAGAAGGCAUCCACAUCUGUGAUGGCAGUGAGGCAGAGAACGAUGCCACCCUGGCCCUGCUGGAACGUGAAGGCCUUAUCCGAAAGCUCUCCAAGUAUGACAACUGUUGGCUCGCUCGAACGGAUCCCAAGGAUGUGGCCCGAGUAGAGAGCAAGACGGUGAUUGUGACAGAGUCUCAGAGGGAGACGGUGCCCAUCCCGGCUGAUGGAGCCACUGGACAACUGGGCAACUGGAUGUCACCAGCCCAGUUUCAGAAAGCUAUAGAUGAGAGAUUUCCUGGCUGCAUGCGUGGCCGCACCAUGUAUGUACUUCCGUUCAGCAUGGGCCCCGUGGGGUCCCCCCUGUCUCGUGUGGGUAUUCAGCUCACUGACUCCCCCUAUGUGGUAGCCAGCAUGAGAAUCAUGACCCGACUGGGGAAGCCCGUGCUUCAGGCCCUGGGGGAUAAUGACUUUGUCAAGUGUCUGCACUCUGUGGGCAGACCUUUGCCCCUGGAAGGGGAGCUGGUGAACCAGUGGCCGUGCAACCCUGAGAAAACCCUGAUUGGUCACGUGCCUGACCAGCGGGAGAUCAUCUCCUUUGGCAGCGGCUAUGGUGGCAAUUCCCUGCUGGGCAAGAAGUGCUUCGCCCUGCGCAUCGCUUCCAGGCUUGCCCGGGAUGAAGGCUGGCUGGCUGAGCACAUGCUGAUCCUGGGCAUCACAAAUCCUGCAGGGAAGAAACGAUAUGUAGCAGCUGCCUUCCCCAGUGCCUGCGGUAAGACUAAUCUUGCCAUGAUGCGGCCAACACUGCCUGGUUGGAAGGUGGAAUGUGUAGGUGAUGACAUUGCCUGGAUGAAGUUUGACAGCGAUGGCCGUCUUCGAGCCAUCAAUCCUGAAAAUGGCUUUUUUGGUGUGGCACCUGGAACUUCUGCAACCACAAAUCCCAAUGCUAUGGCCACAAUCCAAAGCAAUACAAUCUUCACCAAUGUAGCAGAGACUAGUGAUGGUGGCGUGUACUGGGAAGGCAUUGACCAGCCCCUCCCACCUGGUGUCACUGUCACUUCCUGGUUGGGCAAGGCCUGGAAAUCUGGCAACAAGGAGCCCUGUGCACAUCCCAAUUCAAGGUUCUGUGCCCCGGCCCGCCAGUGCCCCAUCAUGGACCCUGCGUGGGAGGCCUCUGAGGGUGUGCCCAUCGAUGCCAUCAUCUUUGGAGGACGACGGCCCAAAGGAGUACCCCUAGUCUAUGAGGCUUUUAACUGGCGCCAUGGUGUCUUUGUGGGCAGCAUCAUGCGCUCUGAGUCCACUGCUGCAGCUGAACACAAAGGGAAAACUAUCAUGCAUGAUCCAUUUGCAAUGCGGCCCUUCUUUGGCUACAAUUUUGGGCGUUACUUGGAACACUGGCUGAGUAUGGAGGGGCGGCAGGGGGUCCAGCUUCCCCGGAUCUUCCAUGUCAACUGGUUCCGGCGGGAUGCAGCAGGCCGAUUCCUAUGGCCAGGCUUUGGGGAGAAUUCUCGUGUACUGGACUGGAUCUGCCGAAGGCUGGAGGGUGAGGAGAGUGCCCAAAAGACACCCGUGGGGCUAGUGCCAAAGGAAGGGGCAUUGAAUCUGAGUGGCUUGGGGUCUGUGGACUUGGCUGAGUUGUUUUCAUUGCCUAAAGAGUUCUGGGAGCAGGAAGUCCGUGAAGUAAGAAGCUACCUGAGGGAGCAGGUCAACCAAGACCUGCCCCGGGAAGUACUGGCUGAAUUGGAGUCAAUGGAGAAGAGAGUACGACAAAUGUAAUCUGGGAACACAGGGGGCAGAGGUACAUACACGAAAAAAGAGCAUAUGAGCUACCUCCUUUCAACAGGGGAACUACAGAGAAAGAGUUACAAGAAAUAAGAGCUACUUUGAUUUGACUAACACCUAUUAUACAGUCACAAACCAGACUGUAGCCCUAUUAUAUACCAUCUAAGCUGUUGAUUUAAUAAUAAGUUAUCAUUUAUUUUCCAUCA